UGCGUGCGGGCGCGAGCGGUCAAAGCGCCUUCCGGAGGCCGCCGAACUGCGCUUCUUUCCCGGUCUGUCCCUUUCGAAGUACCCAGAGCGAGAUUCAGGGAGGCCACCGCCACUGGAGGGGCGUUUUUCUCUAGCUCUGACACCUCCCGGUGCCCAGCUACUCCGGCCCUUCCCCUUUGACCCUGCUCUCGGCGGGGUGAGAGGUUGGUGGCCAUCUUGUGGCGGCGGCGCGGGCGGCUGUUACUGCGGAGACCCAUCCCCUCCCCCUCCUUACCCCCCUGGCAGUCUGUCAGUCUGUAAAGAGCCCCGCAGGCAGUCAGGUGAGGCCCCGGCCUCGUGCCGUCGCUCUUCCCGCCGCACUGGGCGGCCCAGGCCGCUCCCUGCAGGGCCCCACCGCCGCCACCAUGUCCUCCUUCUCCGAGUCGGCGUUGGAGAAGAAGCUCUCGGAGCUGAGCAACUCUCAGCAGAGCGUGCAGACCCUGUCCUUGUGGCUCAUCCACCACCGCAAGCACGCGGGACCCAUCGUCUCUGUGUGGCACCGCGAGCUCCGCAAAGCCAAAUCAAAUAGAAAGCUUACUUUUCUGUACUUAGCCAAUGAUGUCAUCCAAAACAGUAAAAGGAAAGGACCUGAAUUCACUAGAGAAUUUGAAUCUGUCCUUGUGGAUGCUUUUUCUCAUGUUGCCAGAGAGGCAGAUGAAGGCUGUAAAAAACCUUUAGAAAGAUUGCUGAACAUCUGGCAAGAAAGAAGUGUGUAUGGCGGCGAGUUCAUACAGCAGCUGAAGCUGUCUAUGGAGGACUCCAAGAGCCCUCCCCCCAAAGCAACAGAGGAGAAGAAAUCUCUGAAGCGAACUUUUCAGCAGAUACAAGACGAGGAGGAUGAUGACUACCCUGGAAGCUACUCUCCCCAAGAUCCUUCUGCAGGACCCCUCUUGACUGAGGAACUGAUCAAAGCUUUGCAGGACCUGGAAAAUGCUGCAUCAGGGGAUGCUACUGUCCGGCAGAAGAUUGCGUCUUUGCCCCAGGAAGUGCAGGAUGUUUCUCUGUUGGAAAAAAUAACAGACAAAGAGGCAGCUGAACGUCUUUCAAAAACGGUAGAUGAAGCAUGUCUGUUACUAGCAGAAUAUAACGGGCGUCUGGCGGCAGAACUGGAAGACCGGCGCCAGCUGGCUCGGAUGCUGGUGGAGUACACCCAGAACCAGAAAGAUGUUCUGUCAGAAAAGGAGAAAAAACUAGAAGAAUAUAAACAGAAGCUUGCUCGGGUCACCCAAGUCCGCAAGGAACUGAAGUCCCAUAUUCAGAGUUUGCCAGACCUCUCAUUGCUGCCCAACGUCACGGGAGGCUUGGCCCCGCUGCCCUCUGCUGGUGACCUGUUUUCAACUGACUAGGACAGAUGUCAUGCCCCAGAUCCCAUCUCUACCAGCAGAAAGAAGAGGGCAAGUCAUGGCUGGAAAUAACCUUGUGGCCCCUGGUUCUGUCCCUCCAUCCCGGUCCCGCAGCCUCAAGAACCACAGACUCUGAUUCUCCUCUCCGUCCUCUCUCGAGCACAAUUCAGAACAGUGGCAAGUUGAGUCCAGUUUGGAUUCGUAUGUGGAAGGAGUACAAACUCUCCCGCUUCAUGUUUUCAUGCCCCUGUCGGGUUUCCAUUCUUAGCUCUCUCUUUACACCCAAGAAGUUAUGAAAAUCAUGUGUACUUCUGGAAGCGUUCAGAAGAAUCUUGUCACUUAUGACAGCAUUGUGUCAUGAAAGCAACUUCUCUUUUCUGAACUGGGCUUGUUCAAGGUCAGUACGGGCCUCCACUGAAGGACUCACGCUGGAGUCAUGGACUUUCCUAGCUACCAUCCACCCCAAAGGUUGGAGGCUCAACUGUCAAGCAGCUUUGCCAUAAAGGGUUUGCCAGAUCUCAUCCUUCCUUUCCCUUACUUCUAGUGAUGUGUAGUCAGAGGUGAGGUGCGUUUGUUUUGUAAGCAGACUAGAGCCUCUAGCGAUAAGAUUCAAAGCUGAUCUGGAACACAGUCACAGUUCAGAAACAAGAGUAACAGGGAUCACAAGCAUAAGUUAAAAAUAAGUUAUUUGCUCCAGGUUCCUACCAGCAACCUUCCCAGCCACCCACUGUCAGAGAAAACGUUCCUAAAAACCUGAUCUUUUGGCCCUGAUUGGUUGUGAAGGCAGUUAUUAGAAAUGGCACUGGUGGACCCCAAAAGCUUAGACUUACUAAGAGUCUCGGCUCUGCACAGGUGUUGUUGCUUUUUCAACCCAUGUCUUUCGGGGAGCAGGGCUCACACUAACAUUUACUUCGCUGGGCGCGUGUCUGCAGUAUGGUGAGUAAACUUGAAUAUGUCCCUUGCGAAUACGACACUGUGCCUGUGUGUGUGUGUGCGCGCGUGCC